AGCGAUUUUAGGGUUUAUGAAUUUACAUAGUCUUCCUUCUUUUCAUUUGGUAACUGUCUCUCACUGCCACUCAUCCCAUAAUUUGUUAAGGCGAUUCAAGAAAAACCUAAAGAUGCAGAACGAAGAUGGACAAAUCACCGAGCUCUACAUUCCUAGGAAAUGUUCUGCUACAAACAGAUUGAUAACUGCUAAGGAUCACGCUUCAGUUCAAAUUAACAUUGGUCAUUUGGAUGAGAGCGGUGUCUACAAUGGUCACUUCUCCACUUUCGCUCUCUGUGGCUACGUUCGCGCACAGGGAGAUGCCGACAGUGGACUUGAUCGCCUGUGGCAGAAAAAGAAAGUUGAACUUAAACAGUAAAGGGGUUUAAGCAUGCUCACAUCUUUGUUAUGUGUUGAGUUCUACUUUUGCUAGAAAUUUUGGAUUAUGUAUUUUGAUACAUGUUUUGAAUUUGAUUUGGUAACUUCAACUGAAGCUGUUUUUAGCUUUAAAACAUAUUUAGUUUUCUCUACCCUGCACAUUUUACGACCAUUUCUUUUGUUGCGGUAAUUUGUUGUUCCAAUUUAAUAGUAUUGUUUUCAGUUGUUUUUGGUUGAAACACCAAUUUUCAGUUGUUUUUGGUUGAAUCACACAAUGAGAUUUGAGAACUA